AUGUACGACUAUUGACAUACUUAGCUUGAACUCGACCUAAAUUUGAAAAUUGUAACAUGCAUGUAGGAACAAGACACGUGUUGUCCUCAUCUGCUGUUGAAAAGAUUUGGUUGGUGCAACGACAGUAUGUUCAGAUUCAAUUUUUUUCAAGUGCGCGUGGUCCUCCUAAACAAGCAGGGUUUUUUCGUCGUUUAAUCGACAAUAUUACAAAAGGAAUGCAAAAGGACAAAGACAUGAAAGAAUCACUGCAGAAACUACAAGAAGAGACAGCAAAAGUGGAAAAAUCAGAGUCUUUUCAAGCAGUUAGAAGUGGCUUGCAAACUGCAAGAUCCCAAGCAGAAGCUGUAGCAGCAAGGGGAACAAUGGCAAUGAAGGACAAAUAUGAAGCUCUUAGCACAUCUGUUGUGGAUAUGUAUGAAAAACUAGGUCGGACAUCAGUAGUAAAAGAUGCCAAGAAAGUGACAGAACAGGUGGCUAAGGAAGCUGCAGAUACCAUGUCACAGCACAGCGAACAAUUAGGGAAAAGUCAAGUGUUUCAGAAAAUUAAAUCAGGACUACACGAUGUGAAGGAAGAACUGUUUGAUGACAUGGCAGCUCAAUCACAACCAUACCGCUCACCAAGUGAGUUGAAAACUCGAUUUGGCAUGUCAUCAUCUACAACAUCUGGACAACAAGAGGAAAAGCAAAUCAAACCAGAUGAUAAAGCAACAGACGUCGUACUACACAAAGAUUCAAAGUGGUACACACAAUGGAAAGCAUUCAAAGAUGACAAUCCAGUAGUGAAUCGUCUUUUUGACUUGAAGAUGAGAUAUGAUGAGAGUGAUAAUGUAGUGAUUAGAGCAUCUCGUAUCGUUACUGACAAACUGGUGGAUAUAUUUGGAAACGUGCUUUCACCUUCUGAAACAUCUCGGACAUUUGCUGAGAUUGCUAAAGUUGACUCAAGCUUUAAUAAAGAGAAGUUCAUUGCUUUAUGUGAAUUGUGGAUCAUUCCUACAGUCUUAGAGGGAUUCUUGAAAGGAAAUCUUGACAUUUUACGAGACUGGUGUCAUGAAGCUGCUUACGGUGUGCUCUCAACUCUUCUAGAACAAGACAAUGCAAGAGGACACAAAACAGAGUCAAGAAUCCUUGAUCUCAGACACGUUGAUGUUAUCUUUGCAAAAAUGAUGGAACCUGGGCCAGUUCUUGUUAUCUCUUUUCAAGCACAACAGCUUAUCAUUGUACGAGACAGUAGAGGCCAGAUAAUUGAAGGAGGAGAGGUACAAGUUCAAAAUACGUAGAUCAUCACAUGGUGUGGGUGAUUAAUUAAGCAAACAGAAGACAAACAUGGUAACAGACGGGUAG